AUGGAUCUCAGCACAACCCCGAGAAGAGCGGCAGAGGGUGUUGCGGACAUCCAGAAGACCAGAGUCGCCAAGAGCGUGUUCAGUAUCCGGAGUCUGGUCGACGUCGAGGAAGCCGAAUUUCCGGUGGCCGAAGACACGGAAAACUCGCAAAAUCAUUCGACGCGAGGAGGAGGAGGAGGAGGUGGUGGAGGAGGAGGCGGUGGCGGUGAGCAAGCUGUCCCGCAGACAAGUCCUGCGAGCAGCACGAGCAGCUCGAGUCAGGUGAAUCAGGUGAAUCAACAGGCACAUCAACAAUCGGUACCGCCACCUACAACGACAACACCUCAAUCCACUCAGAUGGGAAUCUCUACGGAAGAAGUGAGAGCGGAGGAAGAGAGCAACCACCCUAGGGCAGCGCCAACCAGCCCUGAAAGCGAAACCGAGGUCGACGACUUUGCACCGAAAAGGAAACAACGCAGAUAUAGGACUACCUUUACCAGCUUCCAACUGGAGGAACUCGAGAAAGCUUUCUCGAGAACUCAUUAUCCCGACGUGUUCACCAGGGAGGAACUCGCAAUGAAAAUUGGUCUUACGGAAGCACGAAUACAGGUUUGGUUUCAGAAUCGGCGCGCAAAGUGGCGGAAGCAGGAGAAGGUCGGGCCCCAGGCGCAUCCGUACAAUCCGUACUUGGGAUCAGGUGCACCACCACCAUCGGCGGUCGUCGCGCCGACCUUGCCGAACCCUUUCGCCCACCUGGGCACGUUUGCCCUGCGGAAACCCUUCGACGCGUUUCGUUACCCACCUCUGGGUCACGGACCGGUCCUUCCCGGUAGUUACACCGCUCAUCCCUAUCAUCGCGCGCCGCCACCUCUGCUACCACCUGGAAUGCCUCUGCCUUACACGUCCGCCAGCACCCGCGCCCGCGCCCGCAACCUUACCGCUCCCCCGGUUCAGCCACCUCCGCCAGCCGCCAGUUCACCCCAGGGUUCGCCCACUGGCAGCGUUGGCCUACCCGACAUCGACAGACGGACCAACAGCAUCGCCUCCCUCAGACUCAAGGCCAGGGAGUACGAGCUUCACCUCGAGAUGCUACGCAAAAACGGAGAUCUCAUCAGCUGA